AUGGGCAAAAAAAAGCAUAAUUUCCAAGAAUUUUUUCAUUUAGUUGCAUCCGACAAUCCAAAAGUGAACAAAAAGGCUGUUUGUCUUUCAUGUAUGCGAAAAUAUACCUUACCUGUUGCUCUCAUGAAGCCUGAAUGUUCUGUUUCUAACAAGGCAAAAUUAUGUUGGGGUCACCUUCGAAAUUAUUCUAAUAAAAAAGAAAAAACUACCAAAAAUGAUUCCGAAUCUGAAGAUGAGAGUUCUGAAACAUUGGUGCCCACUUUAUCAUCUACUAACAAACCUGCUUUGAAAACGACAAAGCAAGCAACUUUUGAACAUUAUGUUGCAUGUUCAUUAUCUGAGAAAGACAAGCUGCAUUUUGAAAACUUGGUAUUGCGUAUGGUUGUGUCAAAUGGUCUUCCUUUUACCUUUACAGAGAAUCAAGAAACAAGAGAUGUUUUCAAUUUUAUUAUUCCAACCUUAAAACUACCUAACCGACAAGCGAUAAGUGAUCGAAUACUUCCAAAAAUUUCUAAAACUUUGACAGAAGAAAUUUUGCAAAAAGUGUGCGCAGAUAAAAUCGGCAUAACUGCAGCCUUUGAUGGCUGGAUGAAUAUUAAACGAGAGCAUAUUUUUGGUGUUGUUUUAAUUACGUCUCAGGAGAAACCUUUAAUUUGGAAUGCAUGCGAUAUAAGCAACCAACGUUCAAGAACUGAAAAUGCGAAACUUCUAAUUAAAAAUAUAAUGGAUGAUGUGAAUGAAAAAGGCAUAAAAAUUAAUUGUUAUGUAUCAGACUCUUCUGGUGAAUAUGCAGCUGCAAGACAACAUCCUGAUAAAGUUUUUUUACCAUGCAUGGCACAUCAAGUUAACUUGGUUAUGGGUGAUAUUUUUAAAGAGUCUAAUGUAUACAAACGAGUAUUAACAAAUGCAAUACGUAUUGUAAAUUUUUUUCAUGCAUCAUCAUAUUUUACUGGAUUAUUACGAGAUGAGCAAAUGUCAUGUUACAAACGAACUAUUUCCCUUGUCACUCCAGCUGAAACACGUUGGAACAGUUUUUAUUUUUGUUUUCAUUCAGUUUUAAAAACUAAAGCUGCACUUAAAACAUUGGCCACAAAGUUUUCACCUUCAAGAAUUGGAUCGACUAGCACUUCUCGAAGUGGAUUUUCACGACAACGAUUUAUUUCAGAAAAUGUGGACACAAGCAAGACACUUCCGCAUGAUAUUAUAUCAAUUGUACAAGAUUCUAAUUUUUGGAACCAACUUUAUGAACUUCAAGAUUUGUUAUUUCCUAUAUGCUGCAUACUUAAUAAACUUCAAAAAGAUGUUGCAAGGCUACAUGAAAUCGCUCACUGCUUUGGAUGGCUUGUCAACAUUUUUGCAAACCAUAAAGACGUACAUUUUUCUGAUCAUAUGGUAGCACAUUUAGAGAAUUGGUGGGCUCAGUGGGAACAACCUUUACUUCUACUAUCAAUUAUUUUGCACUCAAAAUAUCGGCUUUCUAUGUUUUCUUCUAAUAUUUCUAACCUUUCUUAUACACAUUUCGCUCAAUGGUUAAACUAUUACUAUUACAUAUGGUUCGGAAAAGUACCAACGCGCAUUUUACGUGAAUUUUUAUCAUAUCAGAGAGAAGAAUUUCCCUUUAAUAAAGAAUCAUACAAUCAAUUUAAUGAAAAGAUUGUUGAUUUUUGGGAUAUGGCAAAAGGAGUAACACCAGAAUUAGCUCGAUUGGCAUUACAACUAUUUGGUAUAUGUGUUAAUUCAGCUUCGGUUGAACGAUUAUGGUCUACUAUGGUAUUUGCGAUGAGUCAAUUACGAAGUGACAUAUUAAUCAGGCAAAAAUGUAAAGAAAUUGAAACAGCCGAACAACAAUAUAAACAAACUAAUAUUGCAGCACCAAUUCAACCUUAUGAUAAUGAUGAAAAUAGAACUCAGGAAAUGGUAGAAUCUUCACCUUUUACAAGCGACAAUGAAAUUAAUCUAUCAACUCCUAAUAGCCCAUCAGCCGAACUGAGUGAAUUUCUUGAAACACCUGAAGAUAUAGUUGAUGAAGAAAAAAUGUUAGAUAUUGAGGAUCGUCUGGACAGCGGGAAAACUAUAAAUAAUGAAAUACUUGAAUUUGAAUUUGAAGUCAACAGAUGUAUUAACCAUCCAGCUGAUGAUCCACUGGCAAAAUGGAAUUUAUUAGGAUUAUUUAAUGAUUCAUUAGAUGCUCCUAUUUCUUUU